UCGGGGCGCCCUCUGAUUGGCUGCUGCGGGCGCCUCGCGGGCUGAUGGCUCUGAAGGUGGCGCCGGUUGAUGGUUGACCGGUCGUUGGAUCCAGGGUAGGGGUCGCCGCGCGUGCGAUCGGCUCACACAGGACCACAGGGCGGGGACUGCUGCAGCUCAACCUGGAACCCACCGGCGAGAUCAGGCUCCGCCCGGCCAUGCCCGCCGGGAGCAACGAGCCGGACGGCGUCCUCAGCUAUCAGAGACCAGAUGAGGAAGCUGUGGUGGAUCAGGGUGGGACCAGCACAAUUCUCAACAUUCACUAUGAGAAAGAAGAGUUGGAAGGUCAUAGAACUCUGUAUGUGGGGGUUCGGAUGCCGCUGGGGAGGCAGAGCCAUCGACACCACCGAACUCAUGGCCAGAAGCACCGGAGACGAGGAGGGCGGGGCAAAGGAGCCAGCCAGGGCGAGGAGGGCUUGGAAGCCUCCGCACACGAUACCCCGUCUCAGCGUGUUCAGUUCAUUCUUGGCACUGAGGAAGAUGAAGAGCACGUGCCUCAUGAGUUGUUCACAGAGCUGGAUGAGAUCUGUAUGAAAGAGGGGGAAGAUGCGGAAUGGAAGGAGACGGCCAGGUGGCUGAAGUUUGAAGAGGAUGUGGAGGAUGGGGGAGAGCGCUGGAGCAAGCCUUACGUGGCCACGCUCUCUCUGCACAGCCUGUUCGAGCUGAGGAGCUGCCUCAUCAAUGGUUCCGUCCUUCUGGACAUGCGUGCAAGUAGCAUAGAAGAGAUCUCAGACCUGAUCCUGGACCAGCAGGAGCUGCUCCGAGACCUGAGCGACAGUGUGCGGGUGAAAGUGCGGGAAGCCCUGCUGAAGAAACACCACCAUCAGAAUGAGAAGAAGAGGAACAACCUCAUCCCCAUCGUCCGCUCCUUCGCUGAGGUUGGCAAGAAGCAGUCUGACCCGCACUCCAUGGACAGAGACGGGCAAACCGUGUCUCCUCAGUCUGCUCCAGCUACAAACCUCGAAGUGAAGAAUGGCGUGAACUGUGAGCACAGCCCUGUGGAUCUAAGCAAGGUGGACCUUCAUUUCAUGAAAAAAAUCCCCACGGGGGCAGAGGCCUCCAACGUCCUGGUGGGAGAGGUGGAUACUCUGGACCGGCCCAUCGUCGCCUUUGUGAGGCUGUCCCCGGCCGUGCUCCUCUCUGGCCUGACAGAAGUGCCCAUCCCGACGAGAUUUUUGUUUAUCUUAUUGGGCCCAGUGGGAAAAGGGCAGCAGUACCACGAGAUUGGCAGGUCCAUGGCCACCAUCAUGACGGACGAGAUUUUUCAUGAUGUGGCGUAUAAAGCAAAAGAACGGGAUGAUCUCCUGGCAGGGAUUGACGAGUUCCUGGAUCAGGUGACAGUGCUCCCACCAGGGGAGUGGGACCCGUCUAUUAGAAUUGAGCCACCCAAGAAUGUCCCUUCCCAGGAAAAAAGGAAAAUGCCUGGUGUUCCAAAUGGGAACAUUUGCCACCUAGAACCAGAACCACAUGGGGGACACAGUGGGCCAGAGCUUGAGCGGACUGGGCGGCUGUUUGGGGGCUUGGUGCUGGAUGCCAAGCGGAAGGCUCCCUGGUACUGGAGUGACUACCGGGAUGCUCUCAGCUUACAGUGUCUGGCCUCCUUCCUGUUCCUGUACUGUGCCUGCAUGUCGCCUGUUAUCACCUUCGGGGGACUGCUGGGAGAAGCCACUGAAGGACGCAUAAGUGCGAUUGAGUCGUUGUUUGGAGCGUCCAUGACCGGGAUUGCCUACUCUCUGUUUGCUGGGCAGCCUCUCACCAUCCUGGGAAGCACAGGGCCCGUGCUGGUGUUUGAAAAGAUUUUGUUCAAAUUCUGCAAGGACUAUGCCCUUUCGUACCUCUCCCUGCGUGCUUGCAUUGGGCUGUGGACGGCCUUCCUGUGCAUCGUCCUGGUGGCAACGGAUGCCAGCUCCCUUGUCUGCUACAUUACCCGCUUCACCGAGGAAGCGUUUGCCUCCUUGAUUUGUAUUAUUUUCAUCUAUGAAGCCAUAGAAAAGCUGAUUCACCUGGCCGAGACCUACCCUAUCCACAUGCACAGGCAGCUGGACCACCUAAGCCUCUAUUACUGCAGGUGCGCGCUCCCGGAGAAUCCAAACAACCAUACAUUACAGUACUGGAAGGACCACAACAUCUUGACUGCAGAAGUGAACUGGGCAAACCUGACUGUCAGUGAAUGCCAGGAGAUGCACGGGGAAUUCAUGGGAUCUGCCUGUGGUCACCACGGACCCUACACGCCUGAUGUGCUCUUUUGGUCCUGUAUUCUGUUCUUCGCCACCUUCAUUGUCUCAAGCACCUUAAAGACAUUUAAAACAAGCCGCUACUUCCCGACCAGGGUCCGCUCCAUGGUGAGUGACUUCGCUGUAUUCCUCACGAUCUUCACUAUGGUGAUUCUUGACUUUCUGAUUGGUGUCCCAUCGCCAAAGCUCCAGGUUCCCAGUGUGUUCAAGCCAACAAGGGAUGAUCGAGGAUGGUUUAUUAAUCCCAUUGGCCCCAAUCCCUGGUGGACUGUGAUAGCCGCAAUUAUCCCAGCUCUCCUGUGCACUAUCCUGAUAUUCAUGGACCAGCAGAUCACCGCUGUCAUCAUUAACAGGAAGGAACACAAGCUCAAGAAAGGCUGUGGCUAUCACCUGGACCUGCUCAUGGUGGCCAUCAUGCUGGGAGUCUGCUCCAUCAUGGGCCUGCCUUGGUUUGUGGCUGCGACCGUCCUGUCCAUUACCCAUGUGAACAGCCUCAAGCUGGAAUCCGAAUGCUCCGCCCCGGGGGAGCAGCCCAAGUUCUUGGGCAUCCGAGAACAGAGAGUCACAGGGCUCAUGAUCUUCGUGCUGAUGGGCUGCUCAGUCUUCAUGACAGCUGUCUUAAAGUUUAUCCCAAUGCCAGUGCUCUACGGAGUUUUCCUCUACAUGGGAGUCUCUUCUCUCCAAGGAAUCCAGUUCUUCGACCGCCUGAAGCUCUUCGGGAUGCCUGCAAAACACCAGCCAGACUUCAUCUAUCUGCGGCACGUGCCGCUGCGUAAAGUGCACCUCUUCACACUUGUCCAGCUCACCUGCCUCGUCCUGCUCUGGGUUAUCAAGGCAUCGCCAGCUGCCAUUGUUUUCCCAAUGAUGGUCCUGGCCUUGGUCUUCGUCAGGAAAGUCAUGGAUCUCUGCUUCUCCAAGCGUGAACUAAGCUGGCUGGAUGACCUCAUGCCUGAGAGCAAGAAGAAGAAGCUGGACGAUGCAAAGAAGAAGGAGGCGGAGGAGGCUGAGAAGAUGUUGGACAUUGGGGGUGAUAAGUUUCCCCUCGAAAGCAGGAAGUUGCUAAGUAGCCCCGGCAAGAGCAACAGCUUCAGAUGUGACCCUUCUGAGAUUAAUAUAUCAGAUGAAAUGCCCAAAACCACGGUGUGGAAGGCUCUCAGCAUAAAUUCUGGAAAUACAAAAGAAAAGAGCCCCUUCAACUGAGAAUCUCUGCUGGGUGGAAGUCUCCAUGAGGUGCCUCGGAGAAGUGGGUUUUAAGAAAAUGGUGGGUCUCUCCGGGAAGAAGCGGAGCUGAGUCUGGCCCUGUUCUUGGUCAUCUCAAAGCCAUGUCACAUGGAAGCAUUCAGUCACUCCCGGUGUGCGUUUGGAGGACGUCCAGCUACCCGCAUACCAGCAGCCGGGCACCAGCCGGGCCCCAGCGGGCCCCAGCUGGGCCAGGUGGGACCACCUCCCGCUGCCUCCCUUCCUCUUCCUCCUUUUUCUUCAGAGCUGCCACCAUUAAAGAGCCAGCUUCCAUUUUCAGACAUUUUCUCUGAUGCUCUGCUGGCCUGGUAAGCCACGAGUCCACUCUGCCAUGGGAGAUUCCUUUGUGCGGUCCCUCUUCUUGAUAGCCUGGGGUAGUGGCAGGCAGGACAAGGGCAGGCUCAAGAGCAGCCUGUGCUUCGGUUUCCUUUUAGCUUGGGAAGGGAUGUUGGACAGACAGAUACAGUAGCAGGUCUGCUACCUGAGCUCUACCAUCCAGGCAUCAACAGCAACCACCACAGCGAGCUGCCUCUGGCCCAGGGUCAUCCGUAUCACCUCCAGAAGCAGUUGACAUAACGUCGUGAGACCUUGAAAGAUUCGGGGACAGCGUGAGAGCAGGAGUUUAGCUGAUUUCAGGAAAGGCCCAGGGGAAGCCAUCAACAACGGGAGUGUGAGCAUCUUUUCUUGGGUUUCCUUGGAACUAGAAAAGUGGACCUAACUUACUAUGGAAGGACCUAGCUAGCCUUCCAGGCCUGAAGAUUUGUUCCAGGUCUGUUCUGUAACAGUCUGAGAAAGACUUGCUGACAACCGUUUGUAGGUAGGAAGGUGGACCGAGAUUGCUGUGGCUGCUCUGUGUGGACUCUGGCAGGCUGCUGCCAUCUCUCGAGGUGACAUUGUUUUUCCAUCCUGGAGAGACCCGAGUGCUCAUGGAUGUCCCUUAGCUGCCUUAGUGAAGAACACCACCACCAUCAUCAGCUCAGUGGGCCCAAGCCGCCAUCAGCCAUGUGGCUCAGAUGUAAAAGCCACACGAAGAAAUGAACUGUAAACGGUGAAGUCACUUUGGAUACUUAGUUUAAAAGUUUGUGUAUGAUUUUCUAAGUUUCAAAACUGUCAGGAGUUUUUUGGCCCGAGCACUUAUAGACCUCCCCUUCCUUUGUGCACAGAAUGUGACUAAUGAGCUGGUUGCGCUGUUGUCUACCUGGGACAGUCUUUGUACAAAGAGCACACACAGUGUGCCGGAAGCGCUACAUCAUUUGACCGCCCGCGGCUUGCUCCCCUCAGACUCUGAGGCCUUUGGUGUCGGGGGCCACCCCGUAUUGCCAGUUCCUCUCUACCUGUUAGGAACACUACCAUAUUGAUACAAGAUGUUUGACAAUUGGUUCAGGGCAGACACAAGCCACACAGAGCCAGUGUCUUCUGUAAAAUAGUGGUAGGUAGGCAUUGCUGUUCCGGGCCUAUGGGAUGAAUGUGAUCCUGCUUCCAAAUCCCAAAAUGGCCUCUGGAAUGUGGGUAAGGUUCCUGGUUUGUCUGCUCUUUACUCAUGAGAGAUCAGUGUUCCAUCUCAACAGCCACUCUGGUUUGCUCUCAGGUAGUACUGGAACAGGCGGGUUUCUUAGAAAUCAGUGGGCAUUAAAGUCUCUAUGAGCCAAAUUUCCCAAGCAUAUCACUUGAGGACAGAUCUAAUAAGCAUAGCCCUUGUCCACCUUGGCUUCGGAGCUAGCCUGUCAACUGGAAAGGUUUUUGAUGCUUUCCUGGCCCCUCCGCACACUUUCUGGAACUCGAGUCUUUUCUCACUGCUUGUAUUCUCUGGGAACACUCCCUUCUCUUCCCCAACUGGUUUCUCCUCUGUUUUCCUGCCACCUUCUGUAUAAGGAAACUGAUGACUGGUUCACCCUGCCCUGGCCUCAGUGCAUCUGAGAGAUGUGUAACAUUGAGGAGCCUGAUGUGCCGUGCGAGGGAACCAGUAACUUGUCAUCGAAAGUCACUCUUCCUGCACAAUGAUGUUUGUGUUGCGUCCUGUGAGCUACACCUUGGGCAGGCGGGAGGGAGGGUGGAGGCUGCUCUUGCUCACUGAGCAAUGCAUUUGUGGGACCUCAUGCCCACAUUUGCACUGGUUAUCUCUUCUAUGACAAAGGUCGCUCUUAAACACCUCUUGAAUGUGGCCAGCUGAAGUCAGGACAUGCUGGUAAUGUCAGCUGGUGAUGUGCACGGAUUUGGGGGCUGGGAUCCAAGAAUAUGUUAAGUGAAGCCUUGGCUCUGAGGGAAAAGAAGGAGGAUUCCUAAGUGGCUAGUUGCUUCCUGAAGACCAUCAGGGAAGGGUUGCUCUUAGAGAACGGUGAAGAGCUGGAGAGACAUAAUGUUCAAUUGCCAAAUGUGUUUGGUUGCUUAACACACACCCCCCGGGAAGCUUUGUCAGGAGGCUCAGGGCUUU